AUGGAGAAACUGACGCUGUUAUUUCUUGGAUUGGCGCUUGUGGUGUACGUCCUGAUAGGGGGUGCUGUCAUGAUGGCGCUAGAAUCUUCCUACGAAUCGGACACCAAGACAACCAGUAGAUCCACAUUCACCAACUUUUUAGCAUCACAGACUUGUGUGACGUCCGCGGAACUGGAAACAUUUGUGAGGGCAGUGAUCACGGCAUACGACCAAGGUAUCAUUGCCACCAAUCAGACAGAUAGCGCCUCGCUCUGGGACUAUGGGAACUCUGUGUUUUUCGCCAUGACAGCCGUCACUACUAUUGGUUACGGUAACCAGACUCCGGCCACGGUUGGGGGUCGCGCUUUCAUUGUUGUUUUCGCCAUCAUCGGGAUACCGCUGUGUGCAUUGUUUCUGUCAGGAAUAGGGGAAAAAUUGGCGGGGCUUACAAAGUCGUUCCAGAAAAAGAAAUUUUCUAAGAACCACGAAGUCGCCGAGCACCGUCUGAAGGCAUUGCUCGUUCCUCUAACCGCUGUGCUUCUAUUGCUGUUGAUACCGGCCGCCAUUUUCUCCGCCAUUGAGGAUUGGAAUUAUGGAGAGGCUUUGUAUUACUGUGUUAUCACCUUGACUACAAUAGGAUUCGGAGAUUUUGUAAUCGGUACCCAAGAUUCCGGAUACCGGAUAGCAUAUCGUCUGCUCACGCUGAUUUGGAUAACUGUUGGACUAGCUUAUGUAGCAUCGAUCAUAUCCCAAGCUCAAACGGCGUACUCAGAAAUGACAGAAAAAGCCGAGUCAAAAAUGAACAAAAAGAACAAAGAAGAGGGUAGCAAAACGAAGGUAUCGAUCGACAGUGAUGACGCUGCAAAUGGUGAAAAAGAGCCAAAAUCAGGAACAGUUUGAAAACUAGCAUGCC